CGUCUCUUGUCGAAGAGACAAGAUUGAGCGGCAGAAACGCGUUCUAGAGUGAAAUUUUGGACGCAAAUCACACCAAGUCGUGGUGCACACAGUCGUCCACUAAACUUGUCGAAAAUAGCAUAGGAGAGUGUGAAGGGUUGUUCAUAUCGCGCCCAGUCGAUUCAGCCACGAAACGGUCGCCAAUUUUGAGUUGAAGUGGCCAGUAUGUGCGGCCUGAAUGAAAUGCGAUGCUCUAAGUGCUUUUGGCGUUGAGUCGAAACGGGAAUACCCAUUUCACUUUCCGCCACCUUCGCCUCCCCUGCCACUCCUCACCACUCCUCACCACUCUCUUGCUCAUAUCUCCAACGCUUGCCGCGUACUACACGCUCCCGUCGGCAUGAUGUUCGCUCUCCCAUCGUCUUUGCCCAGCUUAGGCUCGGAUGACAAUUUCGAUUCUGACGCCCCUGCCGUCCCAACUUACGACCAGGAUCUUAACGAUCCGCCACAAGAGAUGACCCAGAGCCAGACGCAGCCUGUGGAUUAUGCGCCUCCCGUUACUGAGCGUUUCGAGCAUCUCUGGGGACGCCUCGUUCCAGCGUCUCCCAAAGUGAAAAGGAUUGACUUCAAUCGAUCCAAAGACAGAUACAGCAUUGGCCGUGCCCAAAAUGCUGACUACCAACUGUCGGGCUCAAAUAGAAUUAGUGGCAUACAUGUUUGGUUCCAUUAUGCCGACAACACCGUAUUUAUGACUGACCGCUCAAUGAACGGAACCUUCGUCAAUGGGAGGCGUGUUGCGAAAGGCGUAAGCCUCAUGAUUCAUGAUCGAGACGAAAUUUCGAUGGGUCCGCCCGCCGACCAAGAUAUCUUCGACUAUAGAUUUAUUUUCAAAUGUGGCAAUGAUCCAGAUCCGUUGGUUGGGGGUGGAGUUCACGACAAGUAUCAGGUCGGAGAGAAGAUAGGCAGUGGCGCGUUCGCUACAGUUUGCAAAGCCGUCAAGUUAUCCACGUCAGAGCUGGUGGCAGUAAAGAUCAUCUUGAAGUCGAGAUUUACCAAGGAUCGGGAACGGAACUUGUUGAUGUUUGAGCGGGAGAAGAAAAUCGUUUCUCGUUUGGAACACCCUGGGAUUGUGAAUUAUCUUGAUUAUUUUGAGGAUGAAAUGUCAAUAUUUCUAGUCAUGGAGUUAGUGUUAGGAGGAGAUUUAAUGGAUUAUAUCAACGAUCGUAACCAAGCCCACACUCCUAUUGAGGAAAAUGAAGUCCAGCGGCUGACUCGAGAGAUGUGUGGGGCGUUAGCUUAUCUUCAUCAACAAGGCGUGGUUCACAGAGAUCUCAAACCUGAGAACGUCUUGCUAACAAAAGAUGAUCCACCCAAGGCGAAGAUUGCUGAUUUUGGGCUUUCCAAAGCCAUCGAUAGUCAGACCUUCCUCAAGACUAUGUGUGGGACUCCAGCGUACCUCGCUCCGGAAGUUGUGUUGAACCAAGGUGGGUAUACCGCCCUCGUGGAUAGUUGGAGCUUGGGUGUUAUCGUUUUUGCUACAUUAAGCGCUACGAUGCCGUUUGCGAGUCACGAAGACCAGGAUUUGAUAACCAGCCUAAGAACGAGAGAGGUGUUUUGGGAAUACUCCCUGACCAUGUGUCGCCUCUUGGCAAGCACUGGAUCAGCUUGAUGAUUAACAGAGACACGAAUGUCCGGAUGAACAUGAUACUGGCGUUGCAGCAUGAGUGGCUCCGGAAUGAGGAGUAUGAACUAGAGCAGUCGUACUCUCAAGAACCAUACUCCCAAACGUACCCUGAUGAAGCCGCUGAUAUAAGGAAUCCAUUGAGCGCAUCGUCGUCAUCCGCGUGCAUUUCUGUGGACAC